AUCACAAUGGACGGAAGCGAUGGUGACGGCGGUUCGAUCGCGACGCCUGUGCAGAAGCGGGCACACGAGGCGUGGAUGGUUUACAAACACUAUCUCGACAAGACCACACCUCACUCGACUCACCGUUGGAUCGGAACACUCGUCGUCUUUCUUAUCUACUGCGUGAGGGUUUACUCCAUCCAUGGGUUCUACAUCAUCUCCUAUGGCCUCGGAAUCUACCUCCUGAAUCUGCUCAUCGGCUUCUUGUCCCCUCUGGUUGAUCCUGAGCUCGAGGCCUCUGACGGAGCUUCUCUGCCUACUCGAGGCUCUGAUGAGUUCAAGCCAUUUAUCCGCCGACUGCCUGAGUUUAAAUUCUGGUACUCGAUGACGAAGGCGUUCUGCAUAGCCUUCCUCAUGACCUUCUUCUCGGUGUUUGAUGUUCCAGUCUUCUGGCCUAUUCUGCUUUGCUACUGGGUCGUUCUCUUUGUCCUCACCAUGAGACGCCAAAUCUCACACAUGAUCAAGCACAAGUACAUCCCUUUCAGCAUCGGAAAACAGAAAUAUAGCGGCCGGAGAUCUUCUGCGAGCAGCGGCGCCUCUCGUGCUGAUUGA